AUGGGCGACAUUACAGCUGAGCAGCUCAACAAUGCGGAGACGAGGAGACUUCUCGAUACUAUUGAUGGCCUUCGAGAUUUGAGUAUCGCCGGCAUCGACCUGCCCCAGAUCAUCGUGGUGGGCGAUCAGUGCUCAGGCAAAAGCUCCGUUCUCGAGGCCAUAUCUCGAGUUCACUUCCCCAUUCGCGACGGCAUCUGCACUCGAUUUCCUACAGAACUAGUGCUUCGAAGGGCACUUAUAGAUAGCACUGACGUGAGGAUCCGAUACGCUGAUGCUGAUGCCAAUACAGCGGCAUCAUCGUCAACGCGCACGCCAUUUCACGAGAGCGGUUUCCAGAAAUCGGAACUACCCGAAAUCAUCAACAGAGCCAAGGAGCACAUGGGCGAUGGAAAGACAACUGGCUUCUCGAAACAUGUCUUGCGAGUCGAAAUUUCCGGGCCAGACGUCCCGUCGCUGACUCUAGUUGAUCUGCCUGGAAUAUUCCAAUCUGGGUCAUCUUCACAGCCUCAAGAAUGGAAGCCAGUCGUUGACGAAAUGGUUGAGGGCUAUAUGAAGCAGAAGAACAGCAUUAUUCUCAUGGUUGUAUCGGCAGAUCUCUCCUUGUCCAAACAUGCCAUCCUCGACAUGGCCCUCAAACAUGACACGGCAAGGGAGCGCACGAUUGGAGUCAUCACGAAAGUCGAUCUGUGUCCUGGUUCAAACCUGGAAGACGAAUAUUUGCGUCUCGCAAGAGGACAAGAGCCCAGUCACCAGCUUCGUCUAGGUUGGCACGUCUUGCGCAACCGAGGGCCUAAAGAAGCAGACUUGGACUUUGAUCAGAGAGACGCCGAAGAGGAAAAGUUUCUCAAAGCAGGAGCAUGGUCUGCGUUGCCUCUGAGUAACCGAGGGGUGGAAAGUCUUCGCAAAAGUCUUGGAUCAGCCUUGCUCAAGCAGAUCAAGAGCAGUCUACCCGACCUCAUCAAAGACAUUGAUGGCAAUCUGCAGAAUCGCCAAAGGCGUCUCGCAAAGCUGGGAACAACGAGAACCACUUCCGACGAAAUGCGUGAUUAUCUGCUCAAUAUAUCAACGGCUUUCCACAAAUUGGCAGAGCAUGCAGUGGAAGGGAGAUAUAAUGCCCCAUUCUUCGCUACCCCCUCAGACCCAGAAGCAAGCAGCAAGAUCAAGUUUCGGAAGUUGAGAGCAUUGCUUCGAAACUUGAAUUAUGUAUUUGACUUCACGAUGAGGGAAAGGGGAGCCAAGUACAAGAUGAACUGGGACGAACCUCCGCCCAGAGACAACCCACUGCAAGGCUUAACUGACGAGGAAAUGCUGGCCGAUGCUUUGGACAAUAUGCCUGGCAAUCUUGAGCCAUAUUUCAAGCUAUACGACUUUCCAGAUCCAGUGGUGGAAGGAAAAGAUGUGGCAUUUACUAGGAUAGAGCUACUUGCAUCGGAUGGCCAAGGCGCAGAGUUCUCUGGGCUACCGAGCAACGAGUUCAUCAUGCAGCUUUUCCAAGAUCAGUCUGAACCAUGGCGACGCAUAGCUCAAUGCCACAUAGACAAUGUUGUGGAGAGAACAAGACUGUUCAUCUAUCAGAUAUUCGACUACAUCUUGGAAGACGACGAGAGAACAAGGGACGCAAUCUUGACCGAGUUCGUGGAUCCGUUCUUCGAUUCCAUGACCAAUGCGCUCAAGGACAAGCUCGAUGAGAUUAUGCGGCCUUAUACAUCCGGACAUGGAAUUCCGCUCGAGAUAGAAUUCCGAGCGGGAGUAUGGAGGCGCAAGCUCAGGCGCAUGAAAUCGGAUUCUGCCGAUUUCCUCGACCAAAACUCCGUCGCUUACAACACGAUGGAGUACCGGAUUGUGAAGCCCGACGAUAUUCUCAACGUCCUGAUCCAGACGGAUACCAGCGCUUAUAGCUACUUUGGUAUUGACAUUGCCGUUGACAUGAUGUUGACUCAUUACCAAAUGAGCCGGCGAACAUUCACGGACAACGUCGUCCACCUAGUUCUCGAAAAUUGUUUGAUAUCGAAACUCCCCGACAUCUUCAACCCAAGAGUCGUUACGCAAAUGAGCGAAGAGAUUUUGAAGAGGCUGGCCGAAGAGUCGGACGAAGUCAAGAGGGAAAGGAGCCAAUUGGCGGAUGAGAUUGAGAAAUUGAAGACGGAUUUUCCGGAAGCAGUUGUCGAGAAGACACCCAAGAGAGAUACAGAUGCACCGAAGACAGAUGUUCCCAAGACAGAUGCCCCUGAGACAGAUGUACCAAAGAGAAAGAUUCGAGUCAAGCUGCCCCCGGUUUCUCUACCAGAAAGAAAAGCAGGUCUGAGCAGCAAAUUCCUAGCGAGUUUUGAGCCUGCAACAACAUCUACGUCUUCGACCAACAGCGGACAAUCGACCACCGUUGAGUCGAGCAAGCAAGGCCCAAUUUCAAAGGUUCCCGCUCCCGCUGCUGCUCCUCUUCCGUUUGGUCUGAGAUUGGAGUCUGAGACGGCUGCGCCGAAUUCUUCCCCCUUUGGCUCUACUACGACGUCAACGACUCCUGCGGCCGAACUUUCAUCUUUUGGCUCCAAGACAUCGACGGCAACGACGAUAAAUCCGGUGUUUGGCUCGGUGUCUGCGUUAAAGUCCCCUCUUCCGGCGUUUGGCUCUGUUGCAGCAGUGCAGUCUUCUGCUGCUGCUGCCAACUUUCGGUUCGACGCCAGCGACAACUUCAACAACAUCAGCAUUUGGCUCAACAGCAACCAAUACUUCAACGUCGGCCUUUGGCUCAGUAGCAGCGACUACUUCAACGUCAGCCUUUGGCUCGAUAGCAACUGGCACUUCUACACCAUCAGCCUUUGGUUCAACUACAGCGACCACUUCAAGACCAUCAGCCUUUGGUUCGACGGCACCGGCUGCUUCUACAACAUCAGCCUUUGCGACUACUUCAACGACUUCAGCCUUCGGUUCAACAGCAGCCAAUACUUCUACUCCAUCAGCUUUCGGUUCGACAAUAGCCAGUACUUCAAGGCCGUCAGCCUUUGGCUCGACGGCAGCGACUACUUCAACAACUUCAGCCUUUGGUUCAACAGCAGCCAGUACUUCCACGCCAUCAGUCUUGGGCUCAACGACAGCCUCUGCUCAGAUAAGCUCCUUCUUUGGUCCAAAGCCAACCACUACCUCUACAACACCAUCAAGCUUCGGCUCAACAACUCUUUUGGUUCCAACACAACACCUGCCGUUGCUGCGCCAGCAUUCGGCUCGAUUUCCUCGUCAACAUCUGCGGCUGGUGGCGGAUUUGGUUCUUCCACUGUACCUAACCCGAGUAGCGGCUUGUUUGGGAAAUCCUAUUCCACUUGGGAUCCUCCCAGCACAAACCUCAUUGGAUAUCAGGCUUAUUCUGAGCGGGACCCUGAUCCCCAUACGAUCCAGACACUCUCCUUCCAAAACAUCGCGUUUCAAAGUUUUUAUAAGAGCUGGUCUGCUGAUGAACUGAGAUUGGCAGAUUACGCGCAGGGCAGACGGCCACCGGCGAAAGACACUGCGCCGUUUGGAAGUUUAGGGGCGUCUCAGCCUCAAGGCCCGGAAGAGACAUCCAGCGGAUCGACAUCUCCGCCUUCGAGGCUGAAUACGCUGUUUGGGGGUACUCCGCCGCCAGUUCCUCCAAGGGAGCCUGCUGCUUCUGGGAGUACAUCGAAUGUAGUGCUUUGA